CAACCCCUCUGUCAUGUCAACGUGCACAUUGCUGCUCGUGUCUCAGUCAGGCUGUGGGCUCAACGAAUCCCUUCAGCCAAGUAAGCCCCCUUUGCAAACGAAGAUCUCUGACUGUUCUUGCAGGCUUUCUGGAGAAAGCAAACAUAUGGGAGAAUGUCUGAAGUGUUUCCCUUCUUCUGAGCUUUGCCAGUGUUUUGGAGAACGGAUGUCUUUUGUCGAAAGCAACAUUACCAAAUACUUGGAAUCAUCUUCUUUUUUUAAAAGCGAGCACACAGAAGUAAACAUGCCCGCUGAACUGUGCUUUGGCCAUUCGGAGGUCUCUGGACAAGGAGAUCCUAAAAAGGAGCACUCUGCACAGUUGUGCUCAGAACGAGAAACAUCUAUUGGCCAAAACGCCAUCGAACUGAACGAAGCAAAUGGACUUUGCAUUGAAAAUAGUCAAAUCGAUGGUGAAUUUUCAGAUCAGUCUGGUUCUUCUUCUGGAUAUAGCUCUUUGUUGGAUAGCUGCUCUGAGCACAGUGAGUGUUUUGAAACAAGCAGUUCUUCAGUUGAUUUGGUUGAAAUAUGCCAAAAUGAUGAACUUUGUAUUGCAUUUGUGCCAAGUGAUCAAAGCGAGUUUUCUGAACAUGAUGCAGAACAGUUAACUUUGUCUGAGAUGAGCCUAGAAGAUUGCGAGUCUUUUCAACAAGACGAUGCCGUACAGAUAAUUUUAACUGAGAUGAAAUUAGAUGAUUGUGACUCUUUUGAACAACAUGAUGCAGAACAGUUAAACUCAUUUGAGAUGAGCCCAGAUCUUUGUGAGUCUUCUCAAAAAGAUGAUUAUGAGUCUUUUGAACAACAUGAGACCGAACAGUUAAACUCAUUUGAGAUGAGCCCAGAUCUUUGUGAGUCUUUUCAACAAGAUGAUGCAGAAGAUAUAAUUUCACUCGAGAUGAGCCCAGAUCUUUGUGAGUCUUCUCAACAAGAUGAUAAUGAGUCUUUUGAACAACAUGAGGCAGAACAGUUAAACUCACCCGAGAUGAGCCUAGAUGAUUGUGAGUCUUUUCAGCAAGAUGAUGCAGAACAGUUAACUGAGGUAGAUCUUUGUGAUUCUUUUACACAAGCGGAUGUUGAAUCCUCACAACUGGAUCUCUUGGAUUAUGAAAUGCUUUCUGAAUGUGGCGCAGAAUAUCAGGAACAGUACAGCAAGUGUGAAGACAGCAGCUCUGAAGAUAAUUUAUCUAAUCAAAAUGAUGUAGUUGAACUAGAUUCUGAAGACUGCGAGACAUCUAAACAGUCCGAGCCUAACAAUCAAAACAAGCUUGAUGAAUACCAUGCCACACAUUUUAAAUCCACUGAACUGUGUCAAGACUCUAAAGAAAGUAAGCCAUCCGACCACUGUUUGUCCCAGGAGCACACACAGCUUACUGGGCAAAUGGACACCUCUGAUGACAGCUUUCGUCUAAACGGUCUAGAUGAUUGCACUUGUUUGUCGGAGACUUUUAAUUGCAGCCGGACCUCGUCGACUGAAGGAUAUCAAGACUGUAACCAACUCUUUGAGCACAGCGAAUCCUCUGUAUCUUUUAAGGCUUUCGAACAAUGCACAAGCUGUGGAAUGCACUUUGAAAAAUGUGACAUCCUUGAACAAUGCAGUCCCUCUGUGCCCACUGACCAUUCUGAGGGCCCAGGUCAAAGCAGACUUGCAGAAAAUUGCCCAAAGUUGUCAGGAACACAGGACUCUAUCUUUCACAACCCUGAAGCAAAAACCAAAGAGAAUUUGCCUAAUCAUAGCAGCAGAACUGAGGGUAGGAAACCAUCUGAGUGCGAUGCCAUGUUUUCUGGAUCAAUGGAAACUUUUGAGGCUCGCUGGCUUUCUCAAUUUCUCACUGAUCUUUUGAGGCAUAAUAAGGAGACUUCAAGUAUUGCUCCUGAAAUCAGUGAGUCAAAUGGAGAGGUAGAAAAACCUGAAGUUGUAGAUCCCAAACCUGAAGUUCAAGCUUUAGAUAACUGUAGGAAGCUCUGUAGAAAGUGUGAAGAGCUGGAGAAAGGGAAAUGUUGUAAUGAUGAAACUCUUCAACCUUUUCAACUUGGUGAUGAUGUGGAAACAACUUUUGAACUCCAAUCAAAUGUGGACAUCUCCCUCGAUGCAGUGACCACAAGAUCAGGUUCUUCAGAUGAAUCAAGCGAAGAGGAGUACUGCGACUGCAUGGACGCUAAAAGUCAAAGUAGCUCUGAAACCGACGAAUCAUUCAAAAGUUUUGUUGAUGAGUCUGAAUCAUUUGAAAUCUUCUCAGAUCAACCAUGUGAUAAGGAAAACCUUCUUGCAGAGGAUGACGAGUCCUCAAUUCAUAUACCACGGCCAGAUGAGUACCAUGAAGAAGGUAAUCAGAACUUUAACAUGUAUACACAGGAAAAUUUAGAUGCUUGUGAAGAAGCAUGUGAGAUUGAUUCUGUGCGACAAGUGACUGGAAAGGAAAGCGGUAAAACAUAUGCUGAAGCAUUAGCUGUUGGACUCCCUAUUGAUCCAGUUCAAAUCCAUGAAUGUGCCAAACCAGACGAGGUCUGUGGAACUGAUGCUUAUGGGCCUGAUUUUAUUGACGAGAGUCCCGCAUUGGAUUCUGAGGGCAAGGGCAAUGAUCUUUGCGACAUAAAUGGAGAGGUCGCUGAACCCCAUGUUGAUGUGCAUGUACAAGUGGCCUGUGUUGCAGCCGUUGAAGGUAAUGAACUGGAAGAAGUGGUUGAAAAUGCUUUCAACAAUAUAUCUGGAGAUGUCACGGGGUCCUGUGCUGUAAAGAACACAUUUCAAGAAUUUGAUCCUUCAGAAUCACCCGAAGACGAAUUGUUGGAAAAUGAGAACAAGGAACCCGCACAGGAUCUCAGUUUUGUGGUUGAAACAGAUGAAAAUGAAGAGACACACACUGACUUUGAAAAUGAGGCGGAUCAUGGACCUUGUUGUGGAGAGAUUGAAACAACAGAAGAUGAAGAAACAGCCCUGUUUAAUUUCGAAGAUCUUGUGAGAUGUUCUGAGGAAAGUGACAAAGGUAAAGAAGCACCAGUUGUGGAUCAACUGCUCUCUUGUGCCUUUGAGGAAGAGUCAAACACGGAGACAAACUCCGUUUGGUUAUCAGAUGGUCAGCAAGAGGCCCAUACCAAGACAAAAGACACCUCUGGGCUCCUUCAUUCUCCUGGAACAGAUGAUCUGCCUGAGGAGAACAAGCAAAAUGAAAAAUUAGAGGAACUUAUACAUCAAGUUGCUAGAAGUGAGGCACCUGAACAAGACACAUUUUUUAAGUCUGACCAAAAAAGGUCAAGUGAACAGAGUGAUUCUUAUGACGACAGUGAUGCAUCUGAAGAUGAAGAGUACCCAGAGGACUGUGAUUGUGAAAUCUGUGUUCCGCCCAUAGAUCAGGUCCCGGCCAAGCCACUUCUUCCACAGAUAAAGUCUAAAGAUGUAGGGAAGAUCUGUGUAGUCAUUGAUCUGGAUGAAACACUAGUCCACAGUUCAUUCAAGCCGGUAAACAAUGCUGACUUCAUCAUUCCAGUGGAAAUUGAUGGGACAGUACAUCAGGUGUAUGUGUUGAAGAGACCCCAUGUUGACGAGUUCCUCAAACGGAUGGGGGAACUGUUCGAGUGUGUGUUAUUCACUGCAAGCUUAGCCAAGUAUGCCGAUCCUGUGUCGGAUCUGCUGGACAAGUGGGGAGCUUUCCGAAGCCGUCUUUUCCGAGAAUCUUGUGUGUUCCACCGUGGAAAUUAUGUCAAGGACCUAAGCCGUCUAGGCAGGGAUCUCAACAAAGUCAUCAUUGUGGACAACUCGCCAGCCUCCUACAUCUUCCACCCAGACAAUGCUGUACCUGUUGCCUCCUGGUUUGAUGACAUGUCUGACACAGAGCUGCUGGAUCUCAUCCCUUUCUUCGAGAGACUGAGUAAAGUGGAUAAUGUCUACACUGUGCUCAAGCAGCAGAGGACUACUAGCUAGCGGGACACUAAGGGCAGCUGUCACUAUGGGGCCAGGGAGGCUGCUGGGCUCGGAGCACACCACUGCUUCCCCCUAACAGGACCAGCCACUAGCUCAGUCCUCGUCACCUACCCAGAAUUCCAUUCACAUGAUGUUUGAUCGAGAAAAGAAGGCGAAUGACAGAACUGUGAAGGACUGCUUUACAAGCAUAAAAUAACAAGCUCAUUGUUUUAACACUCGAAUGGGUGAAUCUCAGGAAAGCGGACAACACCAUAUUUUACCCUGAAGUCAAAUAAUAGAAAUAAGAAAUGAUAUUUUGCUUAAGGAUUUUGCUUUUUUUUUUUUCGUUUGUGGUAAUAUUUUGACAACUUAAGCACAUUCCCCCCAAUUUCCGCCAUGAUGCAAAAAAUGCAAACUUCUAUUUACUGUUAUGUGUAAACAAACAAAUAUGAUAAUAUAUUUAUAUUGUAUUUAUGUUAUGGUUUUAUUUGUUGUACUGGCUUUAAUGCUUAUUGUUUAUGCUAAAAGUACUCUAUUACAGUUAUGAAAAUCACCAUUGAAAAAAAAAUUCAAAUAGUUAAAUGUCCAGAUGCAUCAUGGCAAUAAUGAGGGAAAAGCAUUUAAAAUCUCAUGAAAAUAAUUUCACAAUUUCAUAUAAUAUGGCUGUUUUCUUCAAGCAAAUAUUAUUUUGUAUUUAUUUUUCAUUUGCUUUCAGGGGUAAAUGUGGCGUAGGCGUGUUUUCGGAGAGAUUCACCAAAAGAUGUCUUUCCUUCUUUACAACUCUUUCAUUUUCAUGGUCGAGGGAAGCCCUGUUAAAGUGAAUCAAGUUGAUUAUCCUCUUCGGUGGGUGAUUUGACAAGAUUUGUGUUUUAAGAAAAUGACUUCCUCUUCUUUAUAUCUUGAGUUAAACUUCCCUCAUUCCCUGUGUUAAAUGAGUUUACCUCAAGAUCUCAAGCGAGGACAAAACCAUAAAUGGCAAUCACAUGGAAUAAUAUGCUGUCUUUUUUAUUUUUUUUAUCUAGACAAGUUUAUUGGACUCUCAAACAAGUAUUCAUUAUCCCUUUUGUUUUCCAAAAAUCAUGUUUUCUUUCUUCUUCUCCAUUUUUAUUUCUAAAUCAAACAUGAAAGAGUCAUGAUGCAAUCAGCCACACUUGAAAUUCAAGUUUCACAAAGCAACAAUUGUAAGAAAGGGAAAUUGGCCCAGCGCCUGUCGCGCACGGCCCGUUUUCACGCUGAAGGUUAAGCUAAUGCACCUUUUGAGUUGUAUACAGUAUGCUUCAUUGUGUCUAAUGCGAGGUCCUUCAAUGUGGCCUUAAAAUUACUGUAGCAAAUUUUUGUCAGACAAUAUCAAAGUGGUCUUAUUUACAAAAUCACUGUGUAGUUCUAAAUUCAUAACAGUAUGCCAUUUGUGUGUUUAUAUUAAUCAAAACAAGUAAAGAAUACUGGAAUCAAAUCAUAUUUUGUCAGUGGAAACGACCUGUAAUGCCUUAACUCUCCGUUAGAUCACUAAAGCUGUUAGAUGGUUUAUUGAGAAAGUGAUUUGGGCAUCGGCGUAAGGCUGUAAGCAUGCUGGAACGUGGACUGGAGAGCCCCGGUUAAUGUGCAGUUGACGUGCCUUCUUGUUAGUUGUGCCAUUUAGUAUGGAUGGUUUUCCUCACGGGAUCGCAUACUUGCUCAGCACUACCUGAGUCGAUUGUUUUGCAAGUGCCAAUGUUGAUGUUUCGACACAAUGGUGAUGAUGUUCAUGUGUACGGGAGAGAGUGGAAAGAUGAUGUUAUGGUUUUUAAUACUUGUGUUUUGUCCAUUUUUCAGUGUUUGACUUUUAAAAUAGAUUUGGGGAUGGCGGGACACUUGCCGUCUUUCUAUAUUUGUGAUAUUAAUGAAAAUAGUGCUGUGCCAUGGAGAAAAAAAAAAAGAUUUUGUUAUUCAUAAAAACUUAAAGAGCA